GACAGCCGAGGGGCGUCUGGGACCGCCGUGGGAGCGCGCGUGUGCGGGGUUGUGGAGCUGCAGGUGUCUCGCCUGGGUGUGUGCGUGCGUCUGGCUCCGAGUUUGUGUUGGGCUCUGCGGGGAAUGGUGGUGUCAGUCCAGGGGAAUGUUGGAGGGUGUGUGUGUGUGUGUGUGUGUGUGUAUGUCCCUGCGUGUGUGUCCUGUGUCUGGCCCUGCUAUGCCUGUGGGGUGGGUGCCCUGUUUAUAUGUGAUUCUACCUAUGUGUGUGUGUGUUCUCUGUGAGUCUUGCCUGUGGGUGAUUCCAUCCGUGUUGCUCGCAUGUGUGGUUGUUGUGUGUGUGUGUUGCCUGAGUGUACUCUGGGUGAGUUUGAACAUGUGUUUUGCCUGUGUGUGGGGCUGUGUCCAUUUGUGCUUGCGUGUGUAGCUUGAGUGAGUUUGUGUGCUUAUACGUAUCUGCCCGUGUUGUCUCGGUGUGCUUGUGUGUCUUGCCCGUAUAGUAUUAUCUAUUGGUGGCCGUAUAGUAUUAUCUAUUGGUGGCCGUCUCUCUGCGUGUAUCUUCAGGGCAUGUGUCUCUGCUGAGCGUUUAGUUUAUGAUCCUGCGUCUGCUGAAUGCCAGUGUUUGUUUUCUGUCCAGGUGCCUGUGUGAGUCCUGCGUGUGUGUGUAUGUGUGUGUGUGCAUGGUAAGGAGUUGUCUCACUCGGUCUGUGUUUUGUCAGUGUGUCUAGCAUUGGCAUCUGGGAACUGGAGACAGGCUCUGCGGGGUCUAUGUAGUCAGUGGGUAUUGCUGCCUGCUUCUCAGAUCGGGCUGUGUGUGUGUAUGUGUGUGUGCGGGCUGAGUCUGAAGGGCUUGUCUCUCUGAUGGGCUGGCUCAUGUGUGUCAUGUGGGCUGCGUGUGUGUAGUGUUUAUGUCUGUCACGUGAGAUCAGUGUUUCUGUCACGGCUUUAGGUGUGUGCUGCUGGGGCCGUGCAGGAUUAGUUAACUGCGUUUGCCUCUGUGUGUGUGUUUGCCUGUGUGUGUGUGCUAGUGUGCCGGGGCCUGACAGUUGGUGAGAGUGUCUCAGGGUGGGAGGGAGGGAGGUGGGCUGAUGUCUGCUCUUAUGCUGGUGUGUCUGUGUGUGGUUGCUGGCAUGUGUGGGUCUACAUCUGGGUCUGAUAACAUGUGUCCGUGUGUGUCUUGGCGUCUCAGAGUUGGUGCUGAGUAGGUGUGUACUGGUUGUGUUGGUCUGUCUGUGGCUGUGGCUGUCUGUUUUGGGUUGAUGUGUGUGCAGUUCAGUCCUGGGAGGUGUAGAUCUUGUCUCUUGAGUGUAUGUCUGAGAAUUGUGGCAGUGCCUAUUUGUGUGUGUUUCUCUCAGUCUGUGAUGGUUACACUGUGUAUGUGUGUGUAUGUGUCUCUGGGCUUAUCAACAGUGUGUGGGAUUAAGGGGGUUGUGCUAGCUACCCUGCACUGUGUGUGUGGCCCUUGUGUAGGCCUGUGUGUAUGUCUAGAUUUUGGUCAGGGUGUGUGUGUGAGUGUCCUUCUGUCUGAUAUUGGGGCCAUCUCAAUGUCUGUGUGCAAAUGGGAGGUGGGAUGGGAGGCCACGCUGGCCACUCCUGGGUGAGUCCUUGUGUGUGUGUUGUGUGCCCAUCACCCCCUCCCCUCCACAUAUACACACCCCACAGUCCUCUCCAUCUGGGUUCUGUGAGAAUCCCUGUGGGUGUUGUGUGGGAGUGCCCUCCAUGUGUGUCCAUCCCUAUGUUUCAGAAGUUACCCAAACCAGCCUGUAUCCUGUGUCAAUCUUAGGUUAGGUGGGUUUGUGUUGGGAGCUGUGACAACGCACGCACCCACCCUCACAUACAUACACACACACUCCUGACAGGCCCUUCCAUUUAGGUUUUGUGUGAACCCUUGUACUUGCUGCGAGAGCCAUCCUGUGCCUCCCUCCCCCCAUGUGUAUCCAUAUCCAUCACCAUGUGCACAGGUUGGCUGUUCAGCCCCUGCGCUGUGUCGGCCUUGGCUGGAUAGAUGUCCGGUGUGAGCCCAGUGUGUGCUGUGGGCGCUCCCCUGCCCCAUCCCAUGUGUGCUCAUCGUCGUGUUACUCCCGGGUCGUAUGUGUGUAUUGUGGGGCCCUGUACCCCUACACAUCCCCGCUGACCUGCCCCUCCCCCGUGUCCCGCAGGCCCCAGGGAGCGCCAUGGCCCGCGCACGCCAGGAGGGCAGCUCCCCCGAGCCCGUAGAGGGUCUGGCCCGCGAGAGCCCGCGCCCCUUCCCACUCGGCAGCCUGGUGCCCUCGGCCGUGUCCUGUGGCCUCUGCGAGCCCGGCCUGCCCGCUGCCCCCGCCCUGCUGCCCGCCGCCUACCUCUGCGCCCCCGCCGCCCCGCCCGCAGUCACCGCCGCCCUGGGGGGCCCCCGCUGGCCAGGGGGUCCCCGCAGCCGGCCGCGGGGCCCGCGCCCGGACGGUCCUCAGCCCUCACUCUCGCCGGCGGAGCAGCACCUGGAGUCGCCGGUGCCCAGCGCCCCGGGGGCCCUGGCGGGCGGCCCAACGCAGGCGGCCCCGGGGGUCCGGGGAGAGGAGGAGCAAUGGGCCCGAGAGAUCGGGGCCCAGCUGCGGCGGAUGGCGGACGACCUCAACGCGCUGUACGAGCGGCGGAGACAGGAGGAGCAGCACCGGCACCGUCCCUCGCCCUGGAGGGUCCUGUACAAUCUCAUCAUGGGACUACUGCCCUUACCAAGGGACCAUGGCGCCCCCGAGAUGGAGCCCAAUUAGGUGCCUGCACCCGCCUGGUGGACGUUGAGGACUUGGGGGGGCAGGCUCCUCCCACCUCCUGAUGCCCUGGCCAGCGUGGGGGACUUUUUCUGCACCAUGUAGCAUACUGGACUACUGGCCCUGCCUGCCCCGGGGCGGCCAGGACAGCCACAGGGGGGCACUGACAGAGAUGUGGACUCCUGGUUCCCUGGCCGAGGUGCCAGGGAGGGUGGGCUGCUGGACUCUGCAUCUGAAGGGAAGGCAGCGGUGACCAAGGGGGUGGGGAUCGUGCCGCCUGCCUCUACUGCCCACCACCAUCUCAGGAAAGGCUGCUGGUGCUGGCUGCCCAUUCCAGCUGCAGGGGUGACACUGGGGGUUUCCCCCGCAGUGUUCCUUCACUUUGGGCCUGGCCUUAGGCCCCUGGUGCUUCCCCCCCUCCUCCCAGGGAGGGGGCCUGUGAAGAGCAAAUGAGCCAAACAUGAUCACUAGCCUCCUGGAGCCAGAGAGUGGGGUGUGUUGGACAGCCCCGGCCCAGCGCCUGGCCAUCUUCCCUGAGCCAGCGGCAGGUGGUGGGCGUGCCUGCCUCACCUUCAUCAGGGGUGGCCAGGAGGGGCCCAGACUGUGAAUCCUGUGCUCUGCCCAUGACCACCCCUCUCCCCCCAUCGACCCCAUUCAUAGGUUUAGAGAGAGCACGUGUGACCACUGGCAUUCAUUUGGGGGGUGGGAUAUCUCGGUGGAAGCCGCCCCAGCCUUAGUCCCCAGGCGAGGCGCUGGGGGGGAGGAUGGGAAGUCAGGGAGGGGGGGUCUUGGAAGAGGGAGGAGUCUGGGAGCGGGGAGGGGUGGCCCAGCCUGUAAAAUACUGUAUAUGCGCUACUGUAGAUACCGGAAUGAAUUUUCUGUACAUGUUUGGUUAAUUUUUUUUGUACAUGAUUUUUGUAUGUUUCCUUUUCAAUAAAAUCAGAUUGGAACAGUGGAUGUUCUUUCUGCCCGCCUUCCCCGCCGCGUGGCCUGGGUGAGGCCUGGCACCAUCCACUGAGAGUCUCCUUCUGUGGCCCUGUCUUUAGGGUGGGGGGAAGUCCACAGGGCACAGGAGGGUGUCCAGCUCUGUCAGUUCCACCCUCAGGGAAAUGGGGACGCUCAGGGAAAAAGACCCUUCUAGAAACCAAAAACCAAACUCUUUGCUGUCAAGUUGAUUCUCACUCAUGGCCACCCCAGGUGUUGAGUAGAACUGCUCCGUGGGGUUUCCUUGGCUGCCAUCUUUACGGCAGCAGAUUGCCAGGACUUUUCUUCCGCCGAGCCUGUAGGUGGGGUUCAAACUGCCAACCUUUAGAUUAAUAAAUGAGCACAAACCAUUUGCAAAACGUAGGGACUUACUUCUAGAAUACCAGGGCACAGGAAAAAGGAACCGCCACUUUGGACAAGAAUCCGGCAAACCCCCUGUCAAGCUGAAGAUGUACAUACUUGACACCAGCAUUUGCCUUUCUGGGCGUCUCCUUUAGAAGGUGGGAGCUGUGCAUGGGAAGGUCCCAGGUGGUGAUGUUGCCACUGCACAGAGCCAGCCACCUAAGUGCCCAACAGCCAUCAAAGGGUAAGUAAAGCCUGAUCAACUCUGCCACACUUCCGGAGUAAUACACAGCAGUGAACUGUAUCGAGAUAAAUAAACACAAAUGGUGAGCAAAGUGAACAAGUGGUAAAAAGAAGUUGGGUAUAUGGGGUUUGUACACUAUUCUCUGUAGCUUUUUUCAUGAGUAAAUAUUUCCAAGCAGGGCCCCACAGAAGGGGCCACACAAAGAUCUGCUUAGUCCUCACUUGGGUGCACAUUGGCUCCUUGGUAGAGGAUGCUACCUGCCCUCGCGAUCAACCACCGCCUCUCUCCAGAAACAUCUCAUGGAAUAACUGGUAUGGUUGGGCUUAGGUCUACCAUUUUACUAUGUGUGUUCUGUUUGCCCUGUUCUGUCUGUUUUUUGUUCCUCUGUUCUCCCUUUCCUACUUUCUCUUGGAUUAUUUGAAAAACUUUCAGAAGUCCAUUUAAAUCAAUCUUUUGGUGAUUUAACUCUCUCUCAACAUUUUUUUCUAUUGCUCUGCUGGCAGCCACUAUUGCUUGGACCCGACUUAUGGAGACUGGAAUAAAAUGCUGCCUGGUCCUGUACCAUCCCCAUGAUCAGUUGCAGAUUAGACCAUUGUGAUUCAUAGGGUUUUCAUUGGCUGAUUUUCAGACAUAGAUAGCCAGGCCUUUCUUUCUAGUACCUGUAGGUCCGGAAGCUCCACUGAAACCUGUUCAGCGUCAUAGCAACACACAAGCCUCCACUGACCAGACGGGCGGUGGCUGUGCGUGAGAUGCCUUGGCCAGGAAUCGAACUGGCGUCUCCCACACGGAAGGUGAGGACUUUACUACCUAACCACCACUGCUCCAGUAUUGCUCUAAGGAGUAUAAAAACACAUCCUUAACGAUUCACAGUAUAUUUAGUUAAUACUGUGUACACCAGUUCACGUAUCACGUAGAAAUCUGGUGACCAUAUAGGUCCACAGAGACUUUUUAAAAUUUUUUAUAUUUUUACACUACAAAAUAGAACACUGAAUAUUUUUCCAAAAUAACGAACAAUUUAUUCUAGUUGUUGUCCGGUGCCAUCAAGUCGGCUCUGACUCAUAGCGACCCCAUGAACAAAAAAGUCAGGUCCUGCACCAUCCUCACAAUCAUUGCUAUGUUUGAGCCCAUUGUUGGAGCCACUGUGUCUAUCUUGUUGAGGAUCUUCCUCUUUUUCACUGACCCUCUACCUUACCAAGCAUGAUGUCUUUUUCCAGGGGAAAUGCCAUACCACACUGAGAUACCACUCCCCCCGCCCCCACUAGAAUGCCAUAAAAAAAAAAAAAAAUCUAUGUUGGCGAGGAUGUGGAGAAAUUGAAACCCUCAUCCACUGCUGAUGGGAAUGCAAAAUGGUACAGCUGCUGUGGAAAAGUUUGGGGGUUCCUCAAAAAGUUAAACAUAGUUACUAUUAAAAAAAAAAAAACACCAUUGCUGUCGAGUCGAUUCUCAUAGCGACCCUAUAGGACAGAAUAGAACUGCUCCACAGCGUUUUCAAGGAGCGCCUCGUGGAUCUGAACUGCCGACCUUUUGGUUGGCAGCCGUAGCACUUAACCACUAUGCCACAAGGGAUUCCAUAGUUGCCAUACGACCCAGCAAUUCCACUCCUCGGUGUAUACCCAAGAGACCUGAAAGCAAGAACACCAGCAGUACGUGUACACCAGUGUUCACUGCUGCACUGUUCACAAGAGCCAAAACUUGUUCGUCAACAAAUGAAGAAAUGUGGUACACACAUGUAUUACCCAUGCAUAAAAAGAAAUGAAGUCCUGAUAGAUGCUACGACACAGAUGAAUCUUGAAAACAUGAUGCUCGUGAAAUGUCACAAAAGGACAAAUAACGUAUGAUCCCACUUACAUGAAAUAGGCAAACGUAUAGAGAGCAAAGUUUAUUAGUGGCUGCUAGGGCAGGAAGGAGGGCGGAGGGGGAGUCAGUGCUUAGGGGCACUGAGUUUCUGUUAUGCUGGUGAACUAAUUUGGAAACGGAUAGUGGUGAUGGUUGUACACGAUGAACAAAAUCAGUGUCGCUGCGUUGUACCUGUAAAAAAUGUAGAACUGGCAAACGUUUUGCUUUAUAUAUACCCAUAACCUGCUGCCGUUGAUUCCGACUCACAGCGAACCUAUAGGACAGACCAGAACUGCCCCACACGGUUUCCAAGAAGCGGCUGGUGGAUCUGAACUGCAGACCUUUUGGUUAGCAGUCAUAUAUAUAAAAAUCUAUAUAGUUGUUUUCACAAUAAAACAAUUUAAAGAACACGCAAGAAACUGGCAAAAGUCCGCACUGCAAAGGGAAACCAUAGAGUGUGGCGCUGCGAGGAGCCUGAGAACUUUUCAUAGUGUUUUCUUUACAUUGUACAUGUAUUAGACGAAAAACAAAAGGGUUUCCACUGCACGUAUUAGAGUGGAAGCUAUUUUACUAGAAAGUUCUGAGGCUCUAAGGGUGUUAUGCAUUCAGCACGUUAACUGUUUAGUUCUUACACAUAUUGGGGACAACAGAAGUGUGGUAUAGGGUGAGAAACCUGGCAGCGCCUUUUCUUUCAUUUGUAACCCCAGCAACUCAAAGUGGGUCAACCAAACGUAUUUGUUACCUUCAUGGAUUACAUCCUCCUUGAAUGGGCUAUAUACCUCCUGGAAGUACGUCACAGGGUUAGCAGUGUGCAGCUUCUUGGAGACUUGGGGAAACCCAUUUUUGUAACAGGAGCAUGUACUAUAGGGGAACAAUAUGAAAUCUGAAAAAUAAAGGUAUUUCUUGCCUUGGGCUGGCAGCUUCCAGCUCCACCCCUCCCCUGGUUCCUGAGGUAUCUGGUCCAGAUGACUCAAUCCUUGCUAUUAGAGGUAUCCAAACACCCAAACCCACUGCCGACAAGUUGAUUCCGAUUCAUAGAGGCCCUAUAGGACAGAGUAGAACUGUCCCGUGGGGUUUACAAAGCUGUAAUCUUUAUGGAAGCUGACUACCACGUUUCUCUCACGGAACAGCUGGUGGGUUUGAACCUCUGACCUUUCUGUUAGCGGCCGAGCGUUUAACCACUUUGUCACCAAGACUCCUUAUUUUGACUCAGAGUGACUCUAUGUGACAGAGUAGAACUGGCCCAGAGGGUUUCCUAAACUGUAAUCUUUACAGAAGCAGACUGCCAAGUCUUUCCUCCAGUGGAGCCACUGCUGGGUUCAAACCACUGACCUUUCAGUUAGCUUCCAAGCACUUAACUACUGCACCACCCGGGCUCCUUAUUAGAGGUACAAGUUGGAAAAGUUUGAAAGGCUUUAGGGAAGAUUUGACAAUGACAAUCUCUUUAUCCAUUCAGACCCACCUGCUCCCCCUUGUGACCAAGGUCCCACACUGCAAAAAGAAGGGAGGCAGUAAGCUCAAAAUUUCAAACCUGGGGUGAGAUUCAAGGGGCAAUAAAACUGCUGACCUUGGCGCCAUAGGUUCUCCAUUAACAGGGUCCAGGAAGGGACCUCCCCCUCCAGAAAUGCCUGAAUGACAGCCCCAUCUUCAUCCAGGCGGAAGCGGGGUGGUGGUGGUGGGGGGAUAAUCUCAUCACCUGAGAAGACUAGCUCCUUUUCACCUCACAUAGCAGGACUGAAAUAGGCAAGGGGCUGCAAAUCCACCCCUCACACAACUUGACAUCAAGGAGAAACACAAGAGUGGGAGGUGUCUGGGAAUGAGUACAGACUGCCAAGCAAGAGAAACAUGGGCUCCAAUUAAAGCCUGACCCCCACCAGCUGUGGGACUUGGGGCUGGUUACUGCAGUGUCACCAACUUUAAAAUGGGACCAUCACCCACUUUUCCUCUGAGCAAUGCCUGGCACAGAGAAUCUAAAUAAAACAGAUGGUAGAAUCAAUAUCACUUGUCUUACCCCUUUUUCAUGAUUAUUGUAAUUCUUGCCACUGAGAACAGCCACUAUUAUCUGACUUAUCGAAGAGACAAUUGGAACCCGAAGCUUCUCCUCCCUCUAGAAUUUGCAGUCUUACUCCUGCUGCAUUAUCCUGCAGAGUGGAGGCAGGAAUGGUGACCGAGGGGAGGAAACCUCCCAGUCCUGUCAGGGCAUUCACUAGUGUUUCUUCAGGUCUAACGGUCAACCAGGAGGGUCACUCCCUGUCAGAUCCACUUUCUAAUGUGAAAGAAAUACAACAACAAAAAAUCCAAAACCAAAAUUUUAUUUCUACUAUCAUUCCUUUUUAAAGAACCAGGGAAAGUAGAGAAAACAUGUGAAACACCAACAGCUACAUUUCAGAGUAAAUGAAGGACAGACAACCACUUAAUUAAAUGCCCGCCUCCUGCAGGCCCGCCUGCCUCAGUUAUGGGGCUGUGUUAAAAGGGCAGCUCUGUGUUCCAGCUCAGCCCCAGGGAACGUGCCUCUCCAGGGGUGGGCCCACAAACAGGCCAUUUUAAACAAGCUGUUCUUCCACUAAUAUUCCACUCAGAAGGUCCCCCCUGGUAAGGUAUCCAGGGGCUUAGUAACAUUUCCCUCUUCCGAAGCCCAGGCUGAACUCCACUAAUCCUAAACGAAAACUCAAGACCAGCACAGCAGAUGGCACCUGUUGUUUUUUGUGAUAUCAAACUUUGGAAGAAAGACAUUCCGCUGGGCCUGUUUUUUCCUCUCUAAAGGCACCUGUCUGAAUUUGGAACUUUGGUUCCACUGACAUUUAUUCGGGCCUGGGCCUUAUUCCCCACCUAAAGUCACACUCCUCGCUGUAUGACAUCAUGCGGGGAAUAAGGCCAAGAAGAUGGUAAGAGGCUCCUAAGCGACAAGGCGUGCUGGUUCCUCGCAGGUAUCUCCGCCGAGGCCCCAGAGGGCUGGUGAAGCCAUGACGGCACCAGGUGGGGACGUGUCAGAGGGGUGCUUUGAGGUGAUCACCACUCAGGGGAGCUGGCAGGCCCGGGGCUGGCACACAGGCCCAACAGCACUGGAAUGGGAACAGCCAGUCCCCAGCCCGUUGUUCAGCAGCUGCUGGGGAGCGGAAGCCGUACAUCUGCACACUCUCCCGCUCCCAGGAAGUCGUGUGUACUGGUCAAUCACUUCAUUUCCCCAUCUUGAGAUGCCUUUGUGGGGGCAGGAGGAAGGGAGUAUCUCUGGGCGUGCUGCAGGUCAGCAUCUUGGGGCCUCCAACUCUUCGGUUCACUUGGGGCCAAGGCACUCCACAAUCCCACUCCCCUUUAUGCCAUCAAAGAAGAAGAAGUUGUUGUGAGGAGGGUCCCUCUGAGACAGGGCCUGGUGAGAAAACCGAGAGGAAGGGUCAGGCAAGUGCUUUAAAAGGGAUAAAAUGAGGGGGAAAAAGUCUUCUAAAAGCAGUGUAGGGCAGUGGUUCUUAACCAGGGGCAAUUCUGCCUCCCACCCAGGGGGUAUCUGACCAUGUCUGGAGACAUUUUUGGUUGUCACAACUCUGUGCUCUGUCCCUUCCCAGCUAUGGGUCCUUGGGCAGAUCAUUUUAACCCCCCCAAACUUUUCCCAUGUUAAAUGAGAAUAAUUAAUGCAUGAUCCUGGGGGAUUAAAACAGAUGAUGUACUUCAAGUAUCUAAAACAAUGCCCAGCACAGAGCAGCACUGCUUGGCAAAUGGCAGUGAUAACUAUUUAUGACUAUUCAACUGAUAAAGGCAGCCAUUAGUUUCAUCGAUCCUGGGCUGCCACCUUCAUCACCUGAGGGGAUCAGGUGACUGCGUGAACUGGAGACACACACUGAUGUGGCUGGGGCUCACUUGCUUCCCAUGGGACAGCCCCAGAACCCAGAGGUCCUAGGAGUGGUCAACAGAAGGACAGAGGCCUUCUAGAGACGGGGCCAGACUCCCUGAAAUGACAUGCUGAGUCAUGUCUGUACCUGCACGUUUCUGGCGAAGGGUUCAGAGAUGUCAGCAAAUUUUCAAAGAGGGCUGAAACGCCACCAGGAGGUACCACCGAGAGACAACCUCCCUGAGGCACACGGCUGGGUCGGGUCUAUGAUUCCAGGGAGCACCACGCCUGUCAUUCUUAAGGACGGACCUUAUUUAUAAGCUCAUGGACGUGCCCUAGACACCUUAACUUCUCCACGAACUGAGCAUGGAGUUUCCUCAUCUGUAAAACGGGAUAAUUAUACCUACACCUCGAGUGGUGAUUUAUCUGUGUAGCUGAGGAAAACUUACUGAGCAUCUACUCUGUGCCAGGUAUUACAGAUUCUGCCUAUAAGCUCGUGAGGAGGAAAUGAGACCUGGCCUGUAAUGAAUUUAGCACACUGCAUGGCAGAGUGAAUGCUCAGUAACUAUAUAUUACUAUUAUUUGUAUAUAACCUACAUAAUUAAAAAAAAAAAAAAAAAAACCCACCCAUUGCCACUGAGUUGAUUCCAACUCAUAGCAACCCUAUAGGACAGAGUAGAACUUCCCCAAAGGGCUUCCAAGGAGUGGCUGGUGGAUUCAAACGGCCGAUCUUUUGGUUAGGGUUAGCAGCUGAGCUCUUGAGCACUGUGCCACCAGGGCUCCCCUGUAUGAUUACAUUUAUAUUUAAUAAUCACUAUCAGUUGGACACUGACGGUAUGUACAGGGUCCUUGAGCUUACAUCUGUUUGGGCAGAUGAAACACAAUGACAGGAUGAAUGAUGGUGUCAGGCAGGCGAGGUAUCAGGCAGCACAAGCCAUUCCAGACCAAGGUAGACAGGAAGGGGCCAGAGGGGCCGGAGGGGCUGGGCCAAGCUACAGGUUUAGGUGGGCAGCUGCCUGCAGGCAGGGCAGAGAGUGAGGCCAGGGCUGGGUGGGGUAUGUGGAAGGGCCUGACCACAGUGACAGGAUGGCGCCCACACUCCUCAGGCACAGGAAGCCCCUGAGGCGGGGCAGAGGGCAGAGCCUCACAGCAGGGAGACUAGGCUGGAGAAGACAUGCUAGCUGGUUCUCAGGGCAUGGAUGUCCAGUGCUGGCUCGGCCACCUCCUAGCUGUGGGACUUAGAGGUGUGCCUCUCUGAGCUCCCAUCCAAAAUGACUGUGUAGCACCUGCCUGCUACUUCUUGGUAGGAAUGAAAUGCUAUGAGGCUUGUAAUGUGCCUGGCACAUGGUAAAUGCUCAAUAGACAGCAGCUGCUGUUACUUAGGAGCCGUGGUGGUGCAGUGGUUAAGCGUUUGGCUGAUAACCAAAAGAUCGGCAGUUCGAAUCCACUAGUUGCUCCUUGGAAACCCUAUGGGGCAGUUCCACUCUGUCCUAUAAUGUUGCUAUGAGUUGGCAUCAACUGGAUGGCAACGGGUUUGGUUUUUUUUGUUUGCUAUUACUAAUGGGGCUUCUUACCAAUAUCUGGGGAUUCCAAGUACCCAGUCUAGUGGAAGGGCCCAAGACCCACAGCUAGAACUCUUAGACCACAAGUCCCAGGAGAUGAUAGAAGUUAAAGAGCAUGGAGUCUGUAGGGAACUGCUGAGGGCAGUGGGGACAGAUGGAAGGGAAAGACGAUUUAGACAAAGGAGGCACACUUGACAGGGGACAUGGAUGUAGGAUGUAGUGUCUGCAAGGGCAUAAGAAAGGGAGGACACAAGGAUGACUCCAGGGAACAGACUGGUAGGCCUGUCCUCUGUCUCCUAAUGUGUCCUCCUCAGAGGUGGUCAGAGGCCCCUCAGGACAGCAGGGAAAGGGCUAGGCCCUCCGAAUGAGGGGCCCUAUGGCCAGCUGGCUGCAGGCUGGAUUGCAGUUAAGUAAGGGGUAGUGGUGGGGACAAGAGAGCAGGACACGGGGUGAACACGGGGCAAAAGGUAAAGUGCUUCCUAAGCAUGAUGGGGGCAGAGGGAGAGAGAUUCCAAACACACCCAGCAACCAAGAAUGCAGAGUCUUCGGACUGUCUGGGAUAAACAGAAACAAGACGCUGGCAGCAGCUGUCCCCAGCAGCAGGAAGGAGGGGGCUAUGUGAGGGGUGAGGACUGAGAUGCAGAGAACCACUGCAAAUAACGGGGUAAAGGGCACCUGUCUCAACCCCUAAUCUCCAUUUCACACGAACAACUCAAGGAGCAGCUUCUUAGCAGGAGUAUGGAGCAGAGGUUCAAGGACAGUGGCCCCAAGGCCUCUGCAGAGCGUCUUUGAAUGGAGUGCCAUCUAGGGGCGGCACCUGAGACAGAACAGCCAAGUGGUGAAGAACACAGGCUCAGCAACCAGACUGCCUGGGUUCAAAUCCUGGCUCUGGCACUUAUCAGCUUGGGCAAUCCAUUUCACUUCUCUGCCACUCAGCUCCUCCUUCAUAAAUUAGGGAUCACAGUAGUUCCCACCUCAUGAUAUAUGAGUUAAUCCAUGCCAACAACAUUGUCUGGGACAUAAUGGGCUUUCAAUAAAUGUUAUCCCAUUAUUAUUGCUGCUGUCACCACAAACUACAAAAAUACAUAGGUUCCCAUUCCCCCCUUAUGGCCUGUGCAUUGCUGCAGUCUUUCCUGCUGAGUCUGUCUACAGGUAGCCUCAGAAUCCUUCUCAGCAUAGUGCUCUGGGUAGCCACUGCCCAUGUCUUGGGUUGGGCCUACAAAUAGCAUCUCUACUUCACUCUGGGUUACAAUGAAGGCCUGAGAGAGAGAAAGUCCUGGCCGUCGCACACCUUCUUUCCCCCACUUCUCUGGUGAGUGCCUACUGCUUAGGACAGAGGAGCAGUGCAGAUGUGGGGAAUGGAGAAGUUGGUCCAGAGAGAAGGGUCAGGAGAGAAAACAGGAGCCUCAAGAAGAGGGUGGGACUAUUAAAUUCAGUCAAGUGUCUCUAGAGCAAAUUUACACACCUGAAGACAAUGUGGUGAAAGCUGAGACUCCACAUUUUCUUAACAUGUAAAUAUUUUAACAUGGAAACCAUUUAAUGAGGCCCAACUUGGCCCCAUGAACGUCAAAGACGAACCGUGACUACAAAUCCACUAAUGUAGCCAAGGCCCUGCAAAAGGCAAAUUUAACACCUUUGCACAAGUAACAAAGUUCCCAAAGAAAAUAUAUUUGUGAGCAUGCUAUAGUUUUAGCAACCCUAAUGGUGUGGAAGAGAUUCAAAAGGCUGUGCCAGUUAUUUGUUAGGGGACUCCGCAUGAGAUACUUCCCUUCUGAGAGGGACAAAAGCACUUGCCUGGCGGGGUCAUGGGGCUGCCCCCAUACAGGGCCUUGUGGGGCCUCUGGCACAGAGCAUGUGCCCCACAGACACUGACUAUGCUCAUCUCUACAUACACCUAUGUGCACGGACUAGAACGAGAGGGGCUUGAUGCCAGUGUGAUGGAUGGAGCGAAACGGGACAAAGUCGUGUUUAAGAGCACAAGUUCUGGAGUUCCUUCUCUGGGUCUCAGUUCCUUCCUCUUAAAUAGAGAUCAUGACCAUUCCUAUUUCAUAGGCUAUGAGAAGCACAAUCCCUGGCAGAUACAAUUAGUACCAGAUAAAUAUAUAGUCAGGGGACAGUAGACAGACCCUUGCAAGCAACAUGUCCAGCUCUGAGCUCAGCAGAGAGCAGUCCAUGCUUAGGUCAUCUGCUGAAUGGCCACCUGGAUGGGAUGGCAAGAAUAGGAGGGGUGCAUUGGGGGAGAGAAGGCAGGGAAGAAAAGGGCAGGGUAUGAAACAAGGAUGAGGCAGGUCAGCUUCCUAGGACAGCCCUCAGUUCUCCGUUUGGCCCACUGAUGAGUCACGCUGUGGUGCGUCAACUCUCUUCUGCUCCACAGUGGCGUUUUACCUUCACAAUUUCCUGUGCCAAGAUCCCGCCAACCACGGCGCACACAGGGGCCAUCUCGGAGAAGCAGUACCUGCAAAAAAAGAUGAGUGAGAUGGAGCCCCAGGGACAGGCAUCCCAAUGACAUCUGGGAAAGUUCAGGAGAGGGCCCUAAGUGCUACUGGGAGGAGUCAAUCUAGAGAACAAUGCUAAUGCUGGCGUUUGGGCAUGGAAAAGAAAUCUGAUCCGGGGUUAGUGAGUGGUUGGGAAAGACCUUUGAACUUUGGAAAGCAGGAAUUCUUUCAUAACACUUUCUUUCUGUUUUUAAGUUUAAGUUAAGACUAUAUCUGUGCUUCCUAAAAAUAAGGCCCUACAAAUAUCAGAUGUUUCAAUGCCCCGGUCACAUUCUCGCAAUUCUCUUCUCACCCAUAAUGGGCAGGGGCUCUAUCUGCUACUCCCAGACAAACAUCAGGGAGGAGGCCUGUGUUAACAUGCAGGAGGCCUGGGAAAUUUGGGGCUUGAAAUGGAAGCACGGGGACAGAAUACUCUUGGCUACCCACACAGAAAGCAGCCCUUCUGGGCCAGCCUGGAGCAUCCAGGGGACAGACUUUAGCAGAGACUGUCACCUGCUGCUCCAAAUCACCACCCUGUGAGCAAACACAUUCCUCCACUGCUUCCCCAGGAGGUGUGCUCCACAGGCUCCCACCCCUGCACACAAAGUUGUGAACAGGGACACAGACCAGCUAUAGGGAAGGCUUCCCUAAGGAAUGUGACCAUCAGGAGAUCAUCUCCAUUCUUCCCAGUGUGGUACACAGCCUUCCACAUGCUUUUAAAAGUGCAAAUUAUCAUUUUAAAGGCAAAUACAGUAAAACCUGAGAAAGCUGGAUCAUUUGUAAGGCGGAAAAACGGAAAUAUUUUCUACUAAUAGAGCGCAGAAAACUUGUGAAACCCAGAAAAACAAGGCAGUCCUACUGAGUUCCGGCUCUCACAGGUUUCACUGCAGAGGUAGUCCCUGACUGAGGGCCGAAUGCCACCCCCCCUUUUUUUUAAGUUUUCAUUAUUAUUGCCUGUAUCUUUAUAAAUCCAAUCUUUGUCUUUGGGGGUUGGAAACAUUACAUACAAACUUAUAGCUUCAACAUCUGCGCUUCCUACUCCUCCAGUUAUAAACAUUAUGUAAGCUCCACCCCCCAAAAAAGAAUGGCUGAAAGUAUGGUUUGUCCUGGGGACCACCUGUACUAUCAAGCCAUUAUUCAUUUGGCUUUGUAACUUACUGAUGGAUAUUUAAGCUGUUCAACACAGCAAUCACACAUUUUGGCAUAGGUGUUCAAUUACUCCUUGAGGCUCCUAAAUACAGAAUUGUUGGGUUUUGAAACUUAUUGCCAAAAUGCCUUCCAGAAAGGCUGUAUCCAUUUCAAGUCCCUCAUACCCUGGCCAAGACCAGCACACCCGUUCUGUUAAACCACAGUGCUAAUGUCUCCUCCUGCUUGGAAAGGUCCAUUACAGGCCUUCAGAACACAGAAGACUGUACCGAAGAAAAACCAAUCACUCAGAAUGCUACUAUUCAUGAUAAUCAACUCUGAGAAUAUUUCCUUUAAAUAAAAAUACACCUAUAUUUUUUUCUCCUGUUAAAAGUACAUCACCUCAAAAAAAUUUACCAAACUGAACCAGCAACAUAUAAAAGGGAUUAUACACCCCUGAGGUAAACUUUAAACCUUAAACCAAAAAUGUCCCCAGAAAUCUUCUUAAAACCAAACAUAGUUUAGCUUAACUACUAAAGAAUGUCCGCCUUGAGCAUUAUGCUCUUUUAAGAACUAUCUAUAUGGGACCGAACUGACAACAGCAACUUGAAAGAUGAGACAGGAAACGGGGGCAGUGCAUCAAUGUUUAUGGCAGAGGAAUAACUCAGAGAUGGAGGGUAAAAGAAUGGUUGUACAACUCGAAGAACGUAAUCAACGUCACUAAAUUAUACAUGAAAAAGCUGUCGAACUGGUGUAUGUUCUGCUGUGUAUAUUCUCAACAACAACAACAAAAAAAACAGAUUACACACCAUGACUAAGUGGGAUUUAUGCCAGGAAUGCAAGGUUGGUUUAACGUAUGAAAACUCAUCAAUGUAAUAAACCAUGUUAAUAAAGGAUCAUAACUCUAGGAUCCCCCCAUCCGUCUGUCAGUUUGUUGUACUGUGGGGGCUUGCGUGUUGCUGUGAUGCUGGAAGCCAUGCCACCGGUACUCAGAUACCAGCAGGGUCACCCAUGGAGGAAAGGUUUCAGAUGAGCUUCCAGACUAAGACAGUAGGAAGAAGGACCUGGCAGUCUAUUUCUGAAAAGCAUUAGCCAGUGAAAACCUUAUGAAUAGCAGCAGAACAUUGUCUAACAUAGGGCUGGAAGAUGAGCCCCCCAGGUUGGAAGGCACUCAAAAGAUGACUGGGAGAGAGUUGCCUCCUCAAAGUAGAGUCAACCUUAAUGACGUGGAUGGAAAAGCUUUCGAGACCUUCAUUUGCUGAUGUGGCACGACUCAAAAUGAGAAGAAAGAGCUGAAAACAUCCAUUAAUAAUCAGAACCUGGAAUGUACGAAGUAUGAAUCUAGGAAAACUGGAAAUCAUCAAAAAUGAAAUGGAAUGCAUAAACAUCGAUAUCCUAGGCUUAGUGAGCUGAAAUGGACUGGUAUCGGCCAUUUUGAACCGGACAAUUGUAUAGUCUACUGUGCUGGGAAUGACAACUUGAAGAGGAAUGGCCUUGUACUCAUCAUCAAAAAGAACAUUUCAAGAUCUAUCCUUAAGUACAAAGCUGUCAGUGAUUGGAUAAUAUCCAUACGCCUACAAGGAAGGCCAGUUAACACAACUACUAUUCAAAUUUAUGCACCAACCACUAAGGCCAAAGAUGAAGAAACAGAAGAUUUUUAUCAGCUGCUGCAGUCUGAAAUUGAUCGAACAUGCGAUCAAGAUGCAUUGAUAAUUACUGGUGAUUGGAAUGGGAAAGUUGGAAACAAAGAAGGAUCAGCAGUUCGAAAAUAUGGCCUUGGUGACAGAAACAAUGCCGGAGAUCGAAUGAUAGAAUUUUGCAAGACCAACGACUUCUUCACUGCAAAUACCUUCUUUCACCAACAUGAACAGCAACUAUACACACAUACCAUGUCAAAUGGAACACACAGAAAUCAAACUGACUACAUCUUUGGAAAGAGACGAUGGAAAAGCUCAAUAUCAUCAGUCAGAACAAGGCCAGGGGGCCGACUGUGGAACAGACCGUCAAUUGCUCGUAUGCAAGUUCAAGCUGAAACUGAAGAAAAUCAGAGCAAGUCCACGAGAGCCAAAAUAUGACCUUGAGUAUAUCCCACCUGAAUUUAGAGACCAUUUGAAGAGCAGAUUUGAUGCACUGAACACUAAUGACUGAAGACCAGGCGAACUGUGGAAUGACAUCAAGGAUACCAUCCAUGAAGAAAGCAAGAGGUCACUGAAAAGACAGGAAAGAAAAAAAAGACCAAGAUGGAUGUCAGAGUAGACUCUGAAACUUGCUCUCGAAUGUCAAGCAGCUAAAGCAAAAGGAAGAAUGGAUGAAGUAAAAGAACUGAACACGAGAUUUCAAAGGGCGGCUUGAAAAGACAAAGUAAAGUAUUACAAUGACAUGUGCAAAGAGCUGGAGAUGGAAAACCAAAAGGGAAGAACAUGCUCAGCGUUUCUCAAGGUGAAGGAACUAAAAAAAACAUUCAAGCCUCGAGUUGCAAUAGUGAAGGAUUCCAAGGGGAAAAUAUUAAAUGAUGCGAGCAGCAUCAAAAGAAGAUGGAAGGAAUACACAGAGUCAUUAUACCAAAAAGAAUUAGUCAAUGUUCAACCAUUUCAAGAGGUGGCAUAUGAUCAGGAACCGAUGGUACUGAAGGAAGAAGUCCAAGCUGCUCUGAAGGCACUGGAGAAAAACAAGGCUCCAGGAAGUGAUGGAAUAUCAAUUGAGAUGUUUCAACAAACAGAUGCAGCGCUGGAGGUGCUCACUCGUCCAUGCCAAGAAAUAUGGAAGACAGCUUCCUGGCCAACCGACAGGAAGAGAUCCAUAUUUAUGCCUAUUCCCAAGAAAGUUGAUCCAACUGAAUAUGGAAAUUAUAGAACAAUAUCAUUAGUAUCACACCAAGCAAAAUUUUGAUGAAGAUCAUUCAAAAACAGCUGCAGCAAUAUAUUGACGGGACUGCCAGAAAUUCAGGCCGGUUUCAGAAGAGGAAGUAGAACCAGGGAUAUCAUUGCUGAUGUCAGACGGAUCCUGGCUGAAAGCAGAGAAUACCAGAAGGAUGUUUAUCUGUGUUUUAUUGACUAUGCAAAGACAUUUGACUGUGUGGAUCAUAACAAAUUAUGGAUAACAUUGCGAAGAUUCAUGGGAAUUCCAGAACAUUUCAUUGUGCUCAUGAGGAACCUUUACAUAGAUCAAGAGACAGUUGUUCAAACAGAACAAGGGGAUACUGAGUGGUUUAAAGUCAGGAAAGGUGUGUGUCAGGGUUGUAUUCUUUCACCAUACCUAUUCAAUCUGUACACCGAGCAAAUAGUAUGAGAAGCUGGACUACAUGAAGAAGAACGGGGCAUCAGGGCUGGAGGAAGACUCAUUAACAACCUGUGUUAUGCAGAUACAACCUUGCUUGCUGAAAGUGAAGAGGACUUGAAGCACUUACUAAUGAAGAUCAAAGACCACAGCCUUCAGUAUGGAUUACACCUCAACAUAAAAAAAAACAAAAAUCCUCACAACUGGACCAAUGAACAACAUCAUGAUAAACAAGAAGAAGAAUGAAGUUGUCAAGGAUUUCAUUUUACUUGGAUCCACAAUCAACAGCCAUGGAAGUAGCAGUCAAGAAAUCAAAAGACACAUUGCAUUAGGCAAAUCUGCUGCAAAGGGCCUCUUUAAAGUGUUGAAAAAGAUGUCAUCUUGAAGACUAAGGUGAGCCUGACCCAAGCCAUGGUAUUCUCAAUCGCAUCAUAUGCACGUGAAAGCUGGAUACAAUGAAUAAGGAAGACCGAAGAAGAACGGACGGCUUUGAAUUGCGGUGUUGGCAAAGAAUAUUGAAUAUACCAUGGACUGCCAAAAGAACGAACAAAUAUGCCUUAGAAGAAGGACAACUAGAAUGCUCCUUAGAAGCAAGGAUGGCAAGACAGCGUCUUACAUACUUUGGAUAUGUUGUCAGGAGGGAUCAGUCCCUGGAGAAGGACAUCAUGCUUGGCAGAGUACAGGGUCAGCGGAAAAUAGGAAGACCUUCAACGAGGUGGACUGACACAGUGGCUGCACCAAUGAGCUCAAGCAUUACAACAAUUAUGAGGAUGGCUCAGGACCGGGCAGCGUUUUGUUCUGUUGUGCAUAGAGUCGCUAUGAGUCGGAACCGACUCGACGGCACCUAACAACAACUGUAUGAUCACCUUAACAGAUACAAACAAAGCAUUUGACAAAAUCCAACAUACUUUCAUGGUAACACGGGUUUUUUUUAACAUUCAACAAACUAGGAAGAGAAGGACACUUCCUGAACCUCACGAAGGGUGUCCACGACAAACUCACAGCUAACAUUAUAGCUGACCCUGGUGGCGCAGUGCUUAAGCGCUCAGCGGCUAACUGAAAGGUCGGCAGUUCAAACUCAAGAGCUGCUUCGCAGGAGGAAGUUGUGGCAGUCUGCUUCCGUAAAGAUCAUGGCCUUGAAAACCCUAUGGGGCAGUUCUACUCAGAAGUGAGUCCAUGGCAAUGGGUUUGGUUUUUUGGUUAAGAUCAUACUUAACAGUGAAAGACUGGGUGUUUUCUCUCUACAAUCAGGAACAGGACAAGGAUGUUGGCUCUCACCACUUCUAUUGAACACUGUACUGGAGGUUCUAGCCAGAGCAAUUAAGGAAGGAAAAAGAAAUAAAAGACAUCUGAACUGGAAAGGAAGAUGUAAUACUAUCUCUAUUCACAGAUGACAUGAUCUUGGACAUAGAAAAUCCUGAGGAAUCCACAGGAAAAAAAAAAACUAUUAAACCUACUAAAUGAAUUCAGCAAG